GCAAAGUCGGAACUAAGAGCAAGGAGUGGGAGGGACUGGGAGAAGGUGGAGUUAGAAAUGACUGACAGAUGAACUGUUUAAAGUGAGAAAACAGUUUCAGGGAUUCGUUGGACUCUCUCUCUCUGUCUCGCCAGUGGGAUGUCCAGCGACUGGCAGGCUCGUGUAAUUACAUCUAGCAUCCUCCAUAAUACCAGCAACAGUCAACAUCUGUCCUCCGGGUCUUCCAAGAGCGGAGUUUAGUGGAGAGUGUUGCUGCGCCUCCUCUUCUUCCUCCUCUCUGUCCCCAGUAAGCCCUCAGAUAAUAAUGGAUGGUGCUGCUGAUGACGAUGCCAUGGCUAUCGUGGGCAUCGGGUGUAAGGUGCCAGGGGCAGAGAAUAUCCGGGAGUUCUGGAGGCUUCUUCUCAAGGGAGAGAAUCACAUCGUGGAGAUUCCAUCGACUCGCUGGAACGCAGAAGCUUGUUACGACAGCGACCCCCUGGCACUGGGCAAGAGCUACGUCAUGCGAGCAGGACUGGUCAGCGGGCCUGAUGAGUUCGACAACAAGCUCUACUCCAUCAACGACUUCGAGGCCGGGGAGAUGGACCCGCAGCAGCGGUUUGUGCUGGACUGCACCAUCAUGGCCAUGGAGGAUGCUGGGAUCACCAGAGCUCAGCUGGCUGGCUCCAACACCGGCGUCUUCAUGGGUGUCAUGAACUCUGACCACCGCACGCUGUUCACAGCGCAGUGCAGCAACAUCAGCAACUACACCGUCACCGGCAUCAGCAACUCCGUCAUCGCCGCUCGAGUGUCGUACGUCCUUGACCUGCGAGGCCCCUGUCUGGUCCUGGACACCGCCUGCUCCUCCUCUCUCAUCGCCAUUCACCUGGGCUGUCAAGCCAUUCGUACAGGUGACUGUGACGUAGCGAUCUGCGGCGGCGUCAACUACUUCGGGUUGCCUGACGUGUUCGUGCACCUGAGCAAGGCGCGCAUGAUCUCCCCCAGCGGUCAGUGCCACUCCUUCAGUCACCGCGCCGAUGGCUACACCCGGGGUGAGGGCUGCGGCGUCGUCAUCCUCAAGCGGCUGCGAGACGCGGUGCGUGACGGCGACAACAUCUGGGCCACCAUCUACACCGGCGUCAACCAAGAUGGCCACACGGUGGCGCCCAUCACUGCGCCAUCGGGGCUCCAGCAGAUCCGCCUCCUGGAGCACAUCUACAGCAACCUCGACAUCGACGUCAGCGGCAUCGACUACAUCGAAGCUCACGGGACGGGGACGGUGGCCGGGGACCCGGUGGAGGUGAACUCCUUGGGCGAGUUCUUCACGGGUAGCACCACCCCGCGCACGCGCUACAUCGGCUCCGUCAAGACCAACAUCGGACAUUUAGAGUCGGCGGCAGGUGUGGUCGGCAUUAUCAAAGUGCUGCUAAUGAUGAAGAAUCAGAAGAUCGUCCCCUCCCUGCACUGCGACGUCCCGAACCCCAAGAUCCGGUUUGAUGAGUUCCUGCUGAAGGUUCCCAAGGAAGUCGUUGAUUGGUCAAACCCAGUCAAGAUGGCGUGCUGCAAUUCUUUUGGCUUCGGGGGCAGCAACGGCCACGCGCUGCUUCGGUUCUACAGGAAGCCGGUGAUGUCCACAGAGAAGUCACGUGUCAGGAGGCCCUGUGUCGUCUGCUUCUCGGCCAUGUCGCACAAGUCGCUGCGGGCGAUGAUGGAGGAGCUGUUCGUCGACCCGACUGUCCCUCGUCUCAGUGUGCACGACAUCUCCUACACCUCCACCGUGCGCCGCGACCACUACCUCCUGCGUCACGCAUGCGUAGUGGAGGAUGUGCAGGAGCUUCUGGGAGCCAUACAGGAGGAGAUCACCAGAGACACUGACCCCACUCCAGUGUUGCGAAGACCAAGAGUUGUCUUCGUCUUCUGUGGGAUGGGUACCGCCUGGCCGGGCAUGUGCACUGAUCUGGUUGACCAUCUACCCGUCUUUCGUGACGUCAUGCUCAAGGUUGAGCAGUAUUUGCAGCCCCUAGUCAACUGGUCCCUGACAGACCGUUUGAAGCAAGAAUCCACCUUCGAUGACCCAGAGUUCACACCGAUUGCCAUCUUUGCCUGUCAGGUGGCGCUGGCUGCUGUGUGGCGUGACCUGGGCGUGGAGGUCGGGUGUGUGGUGGGUCAGAGUGUGGGGGAGGUGGCUGCAGCACACGUGGCAGGAUGCCUGGGGCUGGAGGAGGCUGUCAGGGUCGUGUACCAUCGCACCCGUCUACUGGCAGGCGUCACUGGAGGGAAGAUGACCAUCGUGCGAAACGUCGCCGUGGAAAAGGUGAGAGGGAUAUUAGCCAAAUACCUGGGAAGAGCCAGCAUCUCCCUGCAGUACAGCGCCCUUGCCUGCUGCAUCAGUGCUGAUGCUGACGUCAUGCCGGACGUGAAAGCUGAUUUGACGGAGCAGCUGCGUGCACACAACGAAGGGAUGCAGCUGCUGGACCUGGAUGUCUGCGUGGCCUACCACAGCCAUCACGUGGACGCGACCAAGCAGUCGCUAGCUGAUGCCUUGGAGGGACUAUCAGCUACGCUACCGAGGAUUCCCUUCGCGUCCAGCGUCACGGGAGACUGGAUGACGACAGAGCCCGGCGUGCAGUACUGGGUGGACAACUUGCGCGAGCCUGUGCUCUUUGACCUUGCUGUUCAAAGAUCACGUGACAGCGCUCCGCAUACAGUCUUUUUGGAGAUUGGUCCUAAACCUACACUGAAGGCGCACCUGUCUGACAUCUUUCCAAAGGAAAGUGUCACAGCUGUGGCUUCCAUGCAGAGCAAACCUGAAUACAAGAUGUUUCUGAAGGCUGUGGUGGAUCUCUAUACACUCGGGGUGGAUGUGACCUGGAAGAACAUGCCAACGCAGGGUCACCAAGUGACAGAUAUUCCACGGUAUGUCUUUGACAAGAAGAAGAACCUUGCCAAGACAGAGAUAGCUAUCACAGCUCUGGGUGGCGUGGACGAAGGGAGAAGAAUCCACCCCUACACCUACCCUGUCCUCAACUCCAACAGCUUCAAGCUGGUCAUCUCCCCUCUCGUCUGCAAGUUCAUCUAUGACCACAUCAUAUCAGGUAGAAUAGUCGUUCCGGGGGCCUUUUACGCGGAGGCGGGGUUUGCAAUCAGCAAACAGCUGAGACAUCGUGGAUUCCAAGCUGUCUCUGUCUCGGCGGACUUCAUCCAAGCCAUGACCAUCUCCAAAGAUGAUGUCACUGACAUUGAUGUUCACGAGGCGGAGAAAAGCGAAGAUCAAUGGUCAUUCAAAAUUGUGAAGGAUAACAGACUUCUGGCAUCGCUACAUCUGGCGACGGUGGGCGGGGCAGGAUGUUCACCUGUUCAGAUGGUCAACGUGGAGCACCUGCGAGGCAGGUGCACAAAGUUCAUCGCCAAGGAUGCCAUCUACAGAGUCCUGCGCCAGUCCGGCUUCCAGUAUGGCGACAGCUUCCGCCUGCUGGACCACGCGUACACCAACAGCACCGAGUGCCUGGCCUUGAUCAAGCUGACUAGAACAAUCCAGGAGGAGCUCGCCGGUACCACAAUUCACCCCUGCAUCCUUGACUGCUCCCUGCAGUCGUCCUUGGUGAUCUCUGACCCCGACGUGGGUCAUAACCUCUUGCCGACGUCACUGGGUCGUCUGACGGUGCAGCGGCCCAUGGAAGCCGCCAUGCUUGUGCACACGACUCUCAAGUUGAAGAACAGAGGGAAGAACUACUAUCAUCUACGGCUGCUUAGUCUGCAAGGACACGUCAUCGCAGAGCUAGACGAUCUGGAGGUCAGUAUCAUCACGGAGACCCACCAGAGGUCUCUGCCAGACGUGUUCAGAAUGGUCUGGACGCCAAAGCUUCCUCUCCCUGACCCUGAGGUCACCCGAGAUGAGAAAACCCUACUGAUCCUGUCAGACCAAGAGACGAACGGCUCACCCAGCCCGCGACAAAUCCACGUGACCUACACCGGGGUGGACUUCAGGACCGGACUACAUCAACACGUGCAGAAGACACUGACAUCAAACAAGGGGGCAGACGCCUGUAUUCUUCUCUUCUCUAAACCUUUCUCGGACGUUGCUGACGCAGACGAUGUGGACGCGGACAUCCUGACUUUCACCUUCCUGCUGAAGGGAGUGGUGCAGGUGGCCAGUGACCUGUCCCUGUCGAUGCCCAUCUUUGUUUGCACUUGCGGCGCUUGGCCCUCGGACAGUCAGAGCCACGUGACUUCCCCCGUCAACCCCACCGCCACUGCCCUGUGGGGUCUGGUCAGGUCGGUGGUCAGGGAGCGCCUGUACCCGCGCCUCGUUGCCGUGGACCUGCAGCUGCCCCCGGCUGACCUGACCCCAGCCUUGGUGCAGCGAGUCUUCGAGGUCUUGGUCACGUCACCGGAUCUUCGCAACUAUCCGGAGAUUUUGGUGGACAAGUCGUGGAUUUUCGUCAACCACCUCAUCGUCCAGGAUGCCGACACCCCCAUCCCCCAGUACCGGAACACGUCUGCCGACAGAAACAGGACCGCAGUGCUGCUGUCACGUGACCCCAGUGCCGUCGUCGCCCCUGUCAUUGUCCACCGCAGCCUGGACAAGCGUUCUUGUGACACUGACCACGUGACGAUCAGCAGCCAGGUGUUCGCACUUCAGACUCCAGCUCUGGUGCACUUAAAGAUGCGUUAUGAGCACCUGCCUGUAGCCAAUCCUAGUCUGGUGGGAGGAUAUGCAGUGUUUUCCGUGGAGGUGCUGGGUCAAGCUGUCCCCACGACAGGUAACAAGCCCGGCGAGACGGUGGUGGCCUGCUACCCGAUGACGGUGGCCACCCGAGUGGUUGUACCCGCCAGCACCACGUUGCCAAGCACGCUUCUCCCUAACUACCAACCUGGAGACCUUAGCACCUUGAUAGUAAUCUUUCAGCUGCUGGCACAGGUGUCGACGCCAGGUGUGACGAUUGUGAGCUCCCGGCGAACACAGUCCCUCGCCCACCUGGCGGAGUCCCUCCUGCUCACCAGAAAGUGUGGAAAGGACUGCUUCGUGGUGUCUGUCACGAUGUCCGAACAGCUCAGCACGACCCCGACCUUGCGGGACACGAUUGUCUCCCUCACACUGCUAGACGGCGCUGCAAUCGCCGAGAUGGCGCCUCGCUGGCCUAACGCGCGCUACCUGGUCACGUGUUCAGGGCUGGUGGACGGCGAGACCAAGGCCUGCGCGGCCAUGUUGCUGCCAGACCUGGACAUUCGGGUGGUGGACACUCAGACGCUCUUCCAGUCCACCAGCCUGCGCAAAGUGGUGCCGGAAGUUACCAAGGCCAUCAAAAAACUGGGACCGGAAGUGGCCAGAAUGACUGCUGCCUUGCAUGAAGAAUGUGGUACUUCAGAUGACAGUCCCUACACCGACGGGAUCACGGACCUCGCUCAGAUGCUGACCUUCCGACGAUGGGAGAUGGGUCAGCCCCAGGUCAACGUGGGCCCGGAUGAGCUGUUCCGUAAGGACGCGUGCUACCUGGUGGUGGGCGGCCUCACAGGCCUCGGUUGGCUCUGCGUCCAGUAUCUUGCCCAAAGAGGAGCCGGCUACAUCGCCAUUCUAAACAGGAGACAACCUUCGGCCGAGAGCCUCUCAGACAUGGCUACACUGUCAGCGAGCUUCACGUGCCACAUCCGGGCGUUUCAGGGUGACGUCACUUCUCUUCAGUCCCUCUCCACCGUUAUGCAACAGAUGCAGACUGAGUUUUCAAACAUCCCCUUGAAAGGCGUUUUCUUUGGAGCAGCCGUGACUGAAGACAAGUCGUUUCUGUCCAUGGACGUGACUUCGUUUGACAAGGCCUUGUCCCCCAAGGUGCGCGGCAUCUGCAACUUGCACCGACUCUCGCGGGACCUGGAGCUGGACUACUUCGUGAUGCACUCGUCUGUGGGGUCAGUGAUUGGCAAUGGCGGCCAGACUAAUUACACCGCCGGCAACGCUUUCAUGGACGGCAUGGCGCACUUCCGUCGACAGCAGGGUCUAGCAGGACAGACCCUGAACUGGGGGGCCCUCGACCUCGGUCUCCUCCACAAAAACAGCCUGGCGAGACAGAUUCUGGAAUCGCAGGGGUUCAUCUUCAUGAGCAAAGACGAAAUCCUGUCCAUGCUAACUCCAAUGCUGAUGCUGAACUGGCCUCAGUGCUCUCCCAUGAAGAUUGACAUAGAGAAGCUCACGCAGCGAAUGAAUCGAGAUGGAAUGUUGCCCUUGCGCUCUCGUCUUGAGAAGAUUCUGAAGUCCUCGACACGACAGGUGGAAAUGUCGGACAACCUUCUGCACGAAGUUCAAGGCGCCAGGCACCUGGAUGUCGACCACCGGAAGUCGUUGUACGAGAACUACAUCCGGUUUCUGGCUGCUCAAGCGCUUAGCAUGGACGCCAGAGCCAUCUCACCCACAGCCAGCCUGAUAGACAUGGGCAUGGACUCCAUCGUUGCCAUGACGAUGAUGAACCAGAUCCACCGAGACACGUCCUGCCAACUUCCGGUUGUCCUCUUCGUCACGGGUGGUCCCACUGUUCUCUCCCUUGCCGAGGCGCUGACUGAGGCGAGUAAGGACGAGGCACGGAGGACGGAAGAAAUGUCAAGCGGCGACAACGGCUACAACAGCAGUACCACCACCAAGAACAGCAACAACAGCAUUAACGCGAAGGAGAUAGUGAGUAGAGAUCACCUCGGACCCGUCAUCGUCGAGGUGAAAGAGAAGAACCCGGCCGAGGACAGAGGGAGUUGGGAGGCUACCCCCCAGGAGACUCAAGGUCUGCGGUGGUACGAGCAACAUCCGGGUAUCAGAAGUGUCUUCCACGGCACGGUGGAUGUGCUGCUGCCUCCAGGGUUUGCCGACCUCACCAGGGUGCGCAGCGCCAUCAUGGCGGCCCGCAGACGUCAUCCGGCCACCCACGCGGUCUUUGUGGAGGGUCUGGCCGAUGGGAAGGACUGGCUGACCACGCUGGCGGACGAGGCCGACGUUACCUUGACGACAGUUGCAGACGUAGAGAACGCCACCUCGGAAAAGCUGCGCAUGCUCACGCAUGAGACCUUUGACCUGCGGCGUGAACCUCCUCUGAGGUUUAUUCUCGUACUGCUCAGUAAACCUCUGCUCAGAAUGGUCUUUCACAAGGUGGCUUUUGAUUUUCAUGCAGCCCUAACUUUUGCAAGAGAUCUGCGGAAAUUCUUGAUUUUCCCAUCUAACAUCGCGACUUCAGCAAAUGAUACGUCACUUCCGCGGCGGCCAUCUGUGAUCAGCACAGAGCAGAUGACACUGUUGACCAGCAGCAAAGCUCGUGCCACUCAGUUCUGGCAGCCGCUGCUGAGGAAGACUCCUGCCCCAGUGACACUCUCGUCGCCACCUGUCAACAAAGCCGAUACAGGGGGGAGCACUCACAAGACCGUGACGGUUGACGUCAGCAAGUCUCUGGUGCAAGCGGUCCGUCAGUACGUCAGCAAACGUCAGCUGUUCCUCCUCGGCCUGGUAGCCACGAGUCACCAGAUCGUCCUGCACGCGCUGACCGGAAAGAAAGUCAUCCCUCUCGUGUUUCCACUCAACCUCCGCCUCGUGUUCAACCUCCUGCCAGGGGGCGUGGCCAGCCUGCUGUCCGACGGGUCCAGUGACGUGCCCCUGGUGGCCGAGUUCGGUCACAAGAACAAACUCAAGAUGCGCCCCACAUUACAGAGCUUCGUGGCAGACAACUGCCUGCACAUCCUGCAGUGUUUGGACAACGGGUUGCUGCCCUUCACCAUGCUGGACGCCUUGACCGGUCAGGCGAUGACGUAUCUCCACGCAUGCGCCCAUGGAAUAGCCAUCGAGCAGACAGGUGGCGCUGUGAGCGAGGGCCACACCACGGUCAGCCAGGACAAGGAUCAGGGGACAGCACUCGAGGUGAUCAGCGAGGACUCACUAGAGGACAUCAUCCCGCUGCCCAUGGACGUGGAGACCAACCUGUUCGUUCAUCACGACUUCUCGCGAGACCUGGUGAGACUCAAGCUGGCCUACAGAGCUGACGUCAUCACGCGCCGGCGGGCGGAAGUCAUUGCGCAUGCGCUGAUUUACGUCAUGGAUCACGUGACGACUCAACCUGAUGUGAAGUUGCAGGCGUUUGUCCGUCAAGUCCGAAAAUUUUGCAGAUUGGGAGAAGGGAAGAACAGAAAAGAGCUUUGACAUCUUGUGUCCACAAUGGUAGGGUGCGCUGUGAAAUAAACCCAUGAAGGUGCAGAGUGGUCUGCUCUUGUCGUGAAGGGGUACCGGGCACCAAAAUACAUUUGUUUAAAGAGGAAUAGUAGUAUUUUAGUAUAGUAAUAUUUUAUUUUCUGUAUUUAGAUACAUCUAACAUAUCUUACGAAAACUGUUUUAAGAUAGACUACACGCUGUAGGCUGCUGGACAUGAUUUGUAGUAUGACUGCCUCCUUCCGACAAAACUGACGAUACAGAGGUCACCAGCUGUCCACAAACUUACAAGAUGCCUCUUCGUUUGCUGCCAGUAUUACUAUGUUCGACAAGCCUGCAGUCAGACCUUCCCGAGGGAGGCCAUGAUGUUGGCCGUAUGGCGGAGGUCGCUUGCUGCUCCCCCACGAGUUGGGUUUGAAGGUCUCCCCCCACUACCUUUCACACACCGCUCCUGGCUCUUUGCACUGUGGGUAGGGCCAUGUGUUCGGGAGUCUGCUCUGAGCGACUUCACUCACUGCUCAGCCUCAGCACCUGUCUUCAUGACGAGCGUUCAGACUACUUUGUCCCCUGUGAAGGCGGCAGUUGAGCGACAUCAUUAUCAAUUGACAACCUGGACAAUGUCAGAAACGGACAUCUUGUUUAAUCGAUGGAGAGAAUCAAAACCACAUUUGAUUGUCAUAAGUUCAUAGAAAAAGAUUUAUUCAGAACGCGUUUUCUAAAAUUCACUCUGUUCUUGUUGAACAAGGGAAGCAGGUAACCAAGUGGUUAGAGCGCUGGCGUCCGAACUGAGAGUGCGCUGGUUCAAUCCCCAAUUAGCGCAGCAAAACUUCCCCACAGUAGACCCGGCUAGUGGAAAUGGCUACCUGACUCCACAGAAGGUUGGCCCCGAGAAAAAUGAAGUCUCUAACGCUUCAACCCUCCCCUACCCCUCUCCUCAACGACCUGAAAAGGUUACGGGAUGACCUUUACCUUUAUCUCUUGUUGAACAUAGCUUUGGUGUCAUAUUUUAAAACACAGAUGUUUGAUCUACAGAGGUAUGUACAGUGCCUUUUGCCUCCAUUUGUCGACAUGUGUGGUGGGUUGUCACACCUGUGUCAAGUCGACCAUGCGUCACUGUCAUACCUGUGUGAUGAGGACAUCUAUCUUCAAGCUUGCUCAGCGUCAGUUUUGAGCCCAGGAUGUCUGGCCCACCUUUGCCUGAUUAAAACAGAUGAGUGAAUGUUCCCACAAUGCAUCUUGGGUAUUAAUUACUUGCUGAAAACUCGCAGCACACAGGUACACACCGACACAUGCACACACGUUCGCACUUUCUUGCUCUCCCUCUCUCUUACAUGUACACAUUCACACACACAUUCACACACACACACACAAUCCAUGAUCACUCACUCUGCAGACGUCCAGCGGGGUACAAAGUUGUCUCUCUUUGUCGCACACCUGGAGCUGGCACCUGCAACAUCUUGCACCAUUGCAGGAUAUUUUUCUGUUUCUUCGUCGAUCUUUAAUCCACUGGUCAUUGUCGUCGCUCUGUCGAUGGCGAGAAAGACACAAAGCUACUGUUGAUGAGGAGUACACAACAUUUCCAAGAGGAGGAUUACAGACAGGGUGGGGCGCAGGUUCUUGUUUAUGUUGACAGAGUACACCUCAAUUCCAGAUGCUGUUUCCCAAAGUUUGUGGUAAAUAUUUGGAUGUAACAGUGUCAAGUGUGGACAUAGAACACACUAUUUUUACUUUUUAACAAACAGUAAUUAUUUUUCUCGAGUUGGUGAAUGCAUUAUGACAUAAGGCCAUACUCUGUGUCUCAUUACGAUGUGCAGUAAUGUUCCUGUGAUUGUUGCACUCAGACACUGAUGUGUUCAACAAUACCGUUCCUGUAAGUAUAGAGGUUGUGGGAAGAUGUGGCAGUGUGAGGAUGAAUCAUUCAUCGCUCCACAGUGUGAUGACCAAUCAUCGCUCCACUAUUUUAACUUGUCGAUAGCAAGUUUUAUGUAUACAUGUGUAUAUACAUAUACUCAACUCAAUAAAGUCACAGUGGAUGAACCGAGUUGGUAGGAAGAGAGGGAGAUACCUUUCCUUGAAAAACAAACUCGGGAAAGUCAAAUGGCGGGUCUUCGUGUGACCUUUGCUGCAAAGUUUGUUUGCUGACGACGAUGACGAUGACCGACGGUAACUGUUUGUCCUCUUCCAGUAGCUGAUAGCCUCCCCCUAGUGCUAACUGCAACAUCUGCCACACGAUGAUGGAGGCGAUGAUCCUGUCCACGGAGCAGCAUCUUCACGACACCAUCCGUUCCAUGGUCAAGGGAGACUUCGUUAAGAAUGUGUGUGUGAGUUUUAGAAGACAGACUGUCAGCAUGCGAUGACUGAUGUGAAGAGUAUUGUUAUCGAUGACUUUUCAACACAUGGGAGGAGUUUUUGGGGAGAGGGGGUGGAGGAAAGAGCGAGUGACGCAGGGAGUGACAAAUCGACCGCCACACAAACAGAGAGAACGAAAAAAAUAUGCAUAUAAUGUAACACAUGAUAUGUCACAUUGUCCUCUAUUUCCUUCCUUCUGAUGCAUCUCUUUCUCUCCGCCUCUCUCGCUCUCUUGUCUUCUGUGUGUGUGCACGCACCCACACCCGCACAUGCAUGAGAGGCACCCCACCUACCCCGUCACACAUGCGCACUUCCCCUGUCUUUCCCUCUCACAUCACCUGAAUGUUGAGGCCACGUGGCCUGAGUGUAAAAAACCUCUCCCUCUCUCACACACACAUAUCCAUCCACCCCCUCACAAUGGCGCACUUCCUCUCACUCACACACACACACACAGACAAACACACAUACAACCUCUCUCCCUCUUUCCAGAACGCCAGUCAAAGAAAACAUCUUGUGAGUCACGUGGGAUUAAUCCGGUCUUCUUUAAAUUCAAACGCCUUUUUUUGUUUGAACAAUAGGCUCACCAACUGCAAAUAUAACUCCUUCUAGGACAACAAGUGUCUAUCUUCUCUCUCUCGCUCCUGCACCCUCUCCUCCCCCUCCACCCCAACCUUCAUCAACCUUAAGACGAGCGAGUGUCGCCCACAGCUAGGAUGGCAUAGCUUAUGUCCGAUGUUAUUUAUGCUUAUGUUAAUGUUAAUGAAUAAUUUCCAGUUUUUGCACUUUAAGAUUCAGCGAGCAAAGCUGUGCAGGUGCCAACAGGUAUCCACACUUGAACACCUUGGUAGCUCAGCAUGUUGCUUUUUACUUUUUACUCAGAUUCAACACAUCGGAAUUAACAAUUAAACAGAUUAUGUAGACUGCGCCAAUGUAAUGUAUGCUAAUGUAAACAUCGUCUUAAUAAUUACUGGCAGAGUGUACAGACAUUUUCUGGCCGCUUGUACUUGUCUAGAGAGUACACUGUCAGUAACUCAGAAGUGAAACUUCAGUGACUGUGUACACUGGACAGAUAAGUGUCUUGUGAGAUAGUCGCCACCUCGUUAAUGUGUUUGCUUUUAUGUCCCCCGAAAUUCUAGGACAUAUAUAUAUAUAGACACUUGUAUGUGCAUGGAUUGCAUUUUUAGUGUGUUGAUGGUGAGUUAUAGCGCACACGAGCUUGUUAAUUAAAAUUUGUGCUCCAAGUGCAUGCAGGCACAGUUCGGACAA